ACCACGAUGCUACCAAUUCGAUGCUCUCUGAUUUUUGCUCUCGCGUCCGUCGCGACCGCCACCUUUUUCGGCUUCGGCACAACGACCCCCAAGCCAAGCGAUUCGCGGCAAUUCGACGUUUAUUGGAACGUACCCAGUUUCCUGUGCCACAAGUACAACGUGACAUUCGAGAAUCUCAAGGAUUUUGGAAUUCGUCAAAAUGCAAUGGACAAAUUUCGUGGUGAACAGAUCGCAAUUCUUUAUGAUCCCGGAAUGUUCCCGGCGUUACUGACCGAUCGGGCUGGUGUCGUGACAAAGAGGAACGGCGGUGUCCCUCAGGAGGGCGAUCUAACAAAACAUCUCGAGGUAUUCCGGAAGGAUUUGAUCAAGCAAAUCCCCGACGGGUCAUUCAGCGGCAUCGGCAUAAUAGACUUUGAAAGUUGGCGGCCGAUCUUUCGGCAAAAUUGGGCCUCCCUCGAGCCUUACAAAACCGUAUCCAUAAAACUGGAACAUAAGAAACAUCCGAAUUGGAGUGACGCGGCCAUUAAGAAGGAGGCGAAGCGUCGUUUCGAGAAGCACGGGAGGAUAUUCAUGGAGGAGACCCUGAAGGCGGCGAGGAAGCUUCGGCCUAGGGCCGCAUGGGGCUAUUACGGCUAUCCGCAUUGCUUCAAUCAGACUCCUGGCCAACGCACCGCGCACUGCAAUCGCCAGGCCAUGGUGGAGAACGACGAAAUGUCUUGGCUUUUCACGCUCGAGGACGCACACUUGCCUUCCGUGUACUUGAGGCAGGAGAUUAGGGAGGAGGAUCGGAUGGGUUUCGUGAAGGGUAGGGUGUCGGAGGCGCUACGUAUGGCGGCGAAAAGUCCCAGCAAACAGCAAACUCUUCCCUAUUAUUGGUUCAAGUAUCAGGACCGCAGAGAGUAUUUCCUAAGCGAGAAAGACACGGAGAACGCGUUCAACACGAUCUUCAAUCUCGGCGCCGACGGUCUGAUCAUUUGGGGUAGUUCCGAGGACACGGACACGGAACAAAAGUGCAAGGAUCUGCUGCGAUACGUGAAAGAGACUCUGGCGCCGAUAAUAAAACGGCUCAAAGUGAUGACGGGAUAACGCGAAGUUUCCAUUAAAAAGAAACCGGGACCGCCCUUCGAAAUUCAUCGCGUUUCCAUCUUUUAUUUAUUUGAUUGUUGACUUGUGACUUGAUUUCUUCGACGUUCGGUUAUACCUCGAGCGUCCUUACGCAAGAUACGUCUGUAAAUUUAAAAAGCUAUAGAAAAUUAUAGAUGAAUAUCGAGGGGACCAAAAGUUAAAAUCACGAGAGGGAAGGUGAGGGAAGGAGAGGGAGGUAGGAUCAGGCCGGCGGCUUGCAGCUGCCAGGCCUCGAAUUCUUGCGGACCGACGGCAGCGUUAGUGAUCUCGUUAACAUCGGCGAGGGCGCGCGUCGUGACGUUCGGCUCCCCGUCAUCCCCGUUCGAGAGUCCUCUUCAUCGGCACUUUCGCGCCGCACGCCGCAUGUCCGAGAUCGGCGA